AUGUGGUACAUCUCCCCCCCUGCACUUUGGGCUGAGGAGGAAAGAGCCAGCCUGUGCCGGGAAGGCAGCCGGAGCUUGAGGGGGAGCUCUGAGCUGGUGGUCAAUGAACAACCUCCCAGCAGGCAGAAGCCCUUCAGGUGUUUGGAAUGUGGGAAGAGCUUCAGGAAGAGCUACGACCUCCUCAAGCACCAUCACAUCCACACUGGGGAACGACCCUACCUGUGUGGGGAAUGUGGGAAGAGUUUCAGGAACAGCUCCAACCUCAGCAGACACCAGCACAUCCACAGUGGGGAACGGCCAUACCGCUGUCAGGAAUGUGGGAAGAGUUUCAGGGAGAGCUCCACCCUGAUCCGACACCAGCGCAUCCACACUGGAGAACGGCCAUACCCAUGUCAGGAAUGUGGGAAGAGUUUCAGGGACAGGUCCACCCUGAUCCGACACCAGCGCAUCCACACUGGAGAACGGCCCUACAAGUGCUUGGAAUGUGGGAAGAGGUUUCAGAACAGCUCCAAUCUUCUCCUGCACCAGCGGACGCACACGGAUGAGAGGCCCUUCCGCUGCACUGACUGCGGGAAGGGCUUCAAGCAGAACGGGAACCUCGUGACCCACCGGCGCAUCCACACUGGGGAACAACCCUACAAGUGCUGGGAAUGUGGGAAGAGGUUUCAGACCAGCUCACAUCUCCUCGUGCACCAGCGGACGCACACGGAUGAGAGGCCCUUCCGCUGCACCGACUGCGGGAAGGGCUUCAACCUGAACUCCACCCUCGUCAGGCACCGGCGCAUCCACACCGGAGAGAGGCCCUACAAGUGUGGGGAGUGUGGGAAGAGCUUCACCCAGAGCUCUAACUUGACCAGACACCAACGGACCCACCAGUAA